UGAAAAUAUGACGACGGAAUCAUUGCCACGCGAAAUGGACGCGCACAUCGUGAAUCUUUUGACGAGACUUUCGAAUAUCAGAGAGAACAAUCCUGAUUUAUCCGAAAGAAGGAUACCAAUGUCAACCGAGGCGCGAAGUUUAGAACUUUGGAGGGCGGUCGCGGUCGAGUGCCUCGCAACUUUCCUCUUCGGCUUGGUUGUAUCCGGAGCAGCCUCUUCUACCGCAGUCUCCGGAAGCGGACUCUCCAUCCUGGCGACCGCAAUUGCUUCCGGUUUCGCUGUCUCAGCGAUCUAUUUCAUCUUUGGCCAUGUUAGCGGAGCACACGUAAAUCCUGCCGUAUCAAUAUCCUUUUCCUUAUGUCGUCGUAUCUCACCGUUACGCGCAGCUCUUUACAUAGCAGCUCAAUGUGGUGGAGGUAUAGCAGGAGCUGCGAUGCUGUACGGCGUUACAACACCCGCGAAUACGCAAACGUUAACAUCACCCGGACGUAUCAGCGGACCUAUCGAAAGACUUUUAGUCGAAUUGGCACUUUCGGUUCUUAUCGUUUUGGCCCACUUUGCUGCGGAGACAUCAAGGUCUUUAUCCAUUGGAAUCUCCUCGAAGUCAGCCGGCGUUUUGGGUGCUGCAUAUACAGCUGCAACUCUCGUUUCGAGUCCGUUCGUGAAUCCAGCACGUGCUUUGGGACCUGCUUUUGUAAUGAAUCGUUGGGAGAAUCAUUGGGUUUAUUGGGUCGGUCCGAUAUCAGGUGGUGCCGUCGCGGCAUUGCUUCACGAAUACGUUCUCAGUCCGAGAAGAUCGAGAGAUUCUCGCGAGAUGGACGACGGUGAUAAUUCAUCGAUGAGAUCGGACGAGGACACUUACGAUGACUUGGACAAACCAAGCGGGCCAAAGUUUCCAGGAGCUUAUGCUACCUAUCGUCCAGUCGCCGGUGCCUCCUCUUCGAUCUACAGUGCACCACCGACGGCUUUGGAACGCGUAGAAUCGAUCUACGGGGGCACCAAGUCUCUCUAUUGCAAAUCUCCACCUCUAACAAGAGCGAAUCUGAAUCGUUCGCAAAGCGUUUACGCUAAAUCGACGUCCGGUCCACGGGACGGUUUGAUGAUACCGAAACCAGGUCCACUUGUACCAGCUCAAAGUCUUUAUCCUAUGAGAAUAGGACAAUCCUCAACUCAGAAUGCAGGAAGGGAUGGGCAACAACCGGUAACUGGUCCCAAUCAAUCAUCCCAAAAUCACAACAGUACCAAUCAAAACAUGCAGAAUCAAUUGCAACAAUGUACGCAGAGUAUAUACGGCAUUAGAGGAAUAUCGACGAGUCUGAGUACGCGGGAGAAUGGAAUUUAUGGUAUGUCGACGGGAUCUAGUAUAUAUGCUAGAGCACCUGUACCACCACCGAGUAGUCAAAGCUCGCAUCAAUCUGGACAGAGCGGUCAAUCCUCUACGCAAGGUCAUCAACAGCAGCAACAACAACAGCAGCAGCAGCAACAACAACAACAACAACAACAACAACAACAACAACAAUCUCAGCAACAGCAACAGCAACAACAUCCAAAUGGCACACUCUCAACCAAUUCUGAUAACGCAGCAAAUUCGAGGAGACCCGAAAGCAUGUACGGUCAUGUAUCAAGACGUAGCGAUGAUUCUGCUUAUGGUAGCUAUCAAGGUUCGACCAGAGGAAAUUAUGGUAAAGUUCCUGGUCCAUCCGGACCACCUAAUGGACCACCUGGACCACCUCAAUAUCGUGAUCAAGGAAGACCCAGUCCAGCAGGGCCUCUUCAACAAAACCAGAAUCAACAAAGUAACUUCCAAAGGAAUUCACCGAAUCCUCUUUAUUGAUCUUCCAUGACCGCUAGCAUUUCUGUACCGGAUAAAGCCUAUUGGAAUCUACGAGCUGAACGUGCCAUUUUAUAAAACGCGCUCGUAAUCCUACAAAUACGAGAUAUUGGGCUCCAGUACGGUUUAUGCGAAAAACAUUACCGAUAAUCGAUUUUUCAAUCAAAUUUUUCAAGACUUUCUAUUUUUGUUUUUCUGUUUUUU